AUGGACCCUGCUGCUGAAGAUACCUCCGAUGACCUCUUUGCGAGCCAUCGAAGCUUGAGCAUUAACGCAUAUUCAAAACUGUCCAGCUUUUGGAAUUCUUCAAGCACACGCAGCCCCGUUGCCUCUCGAACCAGGCCUAUUAGGUCGAAACUGCGCUCUCGCCCCGGCAGCUUGCUGAACUCGGCACACUUAAAUUUCCCCAAUUUCUCCUCCUAUGAACGGCACCAAUUGAUUACUACAGGCAGUGAUACGGGUGAUUCCGCCGCAUCGCACAAACCAAAGUCAGGCAACAGCGGCGACACAGAUUCCCUGCACAAACCAAAGUCAGUUUUGAUGGAGGAGAGCGCCAGCAGAAGGUUGGAGAUGUUGGCUGAAGAUUCACCUCUGCGAAUUCAACCAGAACCAUCCUUGCCGGUAGUUUUCAGUACACCGGGUCCAACAUUUGAUCAUGCGACACGUUCGGAAGUUCUGUUGAACGGUGCGCAAUUUACUCCGAUCCCAUUUACGGACCUUACAAACAGCUCCGGAGAGGUGACGAGCCGCACCGCGUCCAUGCACUUAUCUGCGACAAGUUCAGCAAGUCAGAAAAGCUUGAUGUCACCCUCCGGCGACCAACAUGUCGUCCUCUCUCCUUCCCAAAACAAAAGUUUGACGGGUUCGAAUCCUUCGCUCACCACCUCCACUUCGUCACCAGAAGCAGCUCCAACGGCCACCGCCUUGGGUAAAAAAUCAGAUGCUCAAAUGAAACGUCGCCUCACUCGGCAGUUCCGUCCCAGUCUGCCCAGUCUCAGCGAAUCCUACAUCGUACGUGUGUUAGAUUUCUCGCUCCUUGAUUACUCCUAA